CGUUCUGGUGUUCGUUUCGGCUUUUCUCAUAAUGGCUGCUUUUCUCGCRCUAGCUGCCGUAAUUUUCAAUCUAGGUGUGCUAGAAAGGCGGGCAAUGAUGGAUGGUACUGUUAGAAGUCCYUUGGAAAUACCAGAACAGUCAAAAAUAGGCGUUGAAAAUCCAUUUAUUGUGGAAGUUCGAGAAGAUAGUUCGUGUGAAGAUGGAUUCAUUUCCAUUAUACUACGCAGUUCUGUACCCUGUUAUAUGACGUUUUACUGGGGAGUGGAUAUAUCAAGCAUCGAGGAAUCUCUUUGCAAAGAUCGGCCUGUCAAUGAUAGUGAUGAUGAAGAUUAUGAAGAUCAGUUUGUACCAGUGCAUAGAAUUUUAUCGGGAUCAUAUGAAAGCAAAGGCCCUAUGGAUUAUUAUGAGCCUGGACAAGACCAUCAAAUAAAGGAAAAAAUUCCUUCGGAAAUGUUUGCUCAACUAAAACAUGAUGGCAUCGGUACUUCAAAAUAUCAGCUGCUUGUAUCAGCAGAAAGUUCCAGAGACAUCAGUCAUCAUACAGAGAUUGAUCCUUGUGAAAUUGUGUCACUUCUAACAGCCAUAAAAUGCAAGCAAUUAACUUCUGGUAGAAAAACGUUUGUUAUAGCAGCUCAGUUCAUAMAGAUAGCUAAUGGGAGGAUUUAUCCUUUGAAGAAACUUUAUGUCACUACUGAUGACACUGAAGAACCAGCCAAUGAGAGCCCAGAGCACACAUCAACCUGCGUUGUAUGUCACAGCAUGCCAGUUAGCAGGGUAUUAUUGCCUUGCCGCCAUGCAUGUGUAUGCGGACUGUGCUUUUCAAAGUUAGACCUUAAAUGCCCMAUGUGCAGACAGUGGAUUCAGUCAUAUUUUUUGACACAGGAAGAGCCGGAGUUAGCAAGCAGUGACUUGAAUACUUCAAGGGAACUUCAUAAUAUGACUCUUGGGGAAAUUGUCAGAGGAAUAUUCACCUCUAGUUAGUUGAGUUUGUGAAUGAAKAUAAACUACACACCAUCUUAGUCAUUUUACCCCUGUUGUUUGGGGUGAAGAGAGUUGCGCAACAAAGCCCUGUACAACUUGGGUUUACCUGCCAAUUGGCCUUUUCAAAAGAGACUGGACAUGAGUAUAAAGAUAGUUCACUAAUUGAAAACUGAACCUCACCGCAUGAAAGACCAUACUACAAUUAGUGUUCUUGUCAAGUUUGAGCCUAUUUGGUUGAAUACUCACCAAGUAGGAAUUUUUUUUAACCCUCUUGGGAUCCCUGUGGACGAAGGGUCUGUCGUACGACUUCUUUAUAUGGUUGUGUAUCUAUGGCGAUGAUGUGCAYAUAGAAGGCGCUGAUGUGCUUGUAGAAGACUCUGAUGUCCAUAUUAUGUGGAGAAGAACUUAGAAAAUUUCAAAGACUUAAACUUAAACCGAAAAGACAAUUUUUGAGGGACGAGUACUAAGAUUCGAACCAGCGUUAUACAUUGCCUAACCCAAUUUUUUCCCUAAACCUAACCAUUAAGCCACGAGACCAAUUCGCGGGAGUGAACCUGAAUUUUUGUGAUAUAUAAUUAUGCAACGGCAUACAUGAAUAACCACCCAUAUGUACAUAAGAUUGAAUAUAAUUAAUGAACCAUCUAUAGGGACAUGAGAGCCUUCUAUAGGUGCAUUACAGCCAUGCAUAUGGACAUCCAUAUAUGGAAGUUGUAUGACUAUUCUUUGUUGUUUUUGCAAAUUUCAAAUAAUUCCUACUUGGUGAGUAUUCAACCAAACUUGACAAGAGCACUAAUAUUGUAGUAUGUAUUAAUGCUUGGUGGACAACUCAGUGUUAAUCCAAAUACAGUCAAACUUAGCAACUGUACUAUUUUAGUAUGCUCUCUUAUACUAGARUCUCUUUCCUGAAUUCCUUGAAUUUUGGAGAAUUCCUUGAAUUUUGGAAUGGCCAAUUGCAGAUAAGUGGGGAGAUGAUCUGAAUCAACAGAUGAUAAAAUGGAAGGACUAAUAGAUGCUACUGUUUGCAUUAUAACUAGUUCACAAGGCCCAAAAAAAAAAGAAAUUUUGUGUAAAUAUAAACUAAAUAUUAAGUGAAAAAGAGUUAAAAAUAAAAUUUUCAAUUCAAUAUACAAUACAGUAUACAAGGAUAUUUUAUUUAAUGUUUUAAUCCUUCUUUCAGGACCAAGUUAUGGCUUCAAUACAUUGUAUAGUUGGCUAUACAAGUUAUACACUAUAAACCGGUACUUUCAUGCGUUUCUUUGUUUUUUUUUUCCUUUCUUUCUUUCUUAAUCAGCUAUUUUACAAAGUCAAGUGUUACAGGAAUUUGAUCCUGCUAUAAAUAAAACUUUACAUUCUCUUACUUUAGUUGUUAUAACUAUCAAAUAUUUUAAAUCUUUUAGUUUUUUAAUAAGAAAUCAUGUAYUGUUCUACAAAAUAGUUAUAGUUUGCAGAGUAAGGGUCUUUUUACCUUGAAGAAAAUCAACCCAGUUUUAUCCUAUUCUCGCAUCUUCUGUAAAAAAAAUGUUAUCUUUGCACAGUGAAUUACAAGAAGGUAGCCAAUUGAGRAAGCACAUUYAGCUAAUUGUCUGAUUGAGGUAAUGUUCUUUUCCAGUAAUCACAAAGACAAUUUMAUGACGAUGUUCUUGRUGCAAGUUGGUWAGGAUGGCAAAGCCUCUUGCCUACUGUCUUCCACAAACACAAUUUCAUUUCAUUUCUCUUUAGCAAUGGCAAAUACGUUAGGACAGCCGUCUAAAACCAGGAUGAAUUCUUCUAGAUAAACAGACCUUAAAACAAGUGUUGAUGGGUUGUUCUCCUUCAACAUAUAAAACAUGGUUGAGUGCAAAUAACACUGAACCAUCAUUUGAACUUGCGCACCACGUACCACUAGAGACUGACAGCAUUUUAUUGCAUUUAGCUUUUCUAUUCGCUAUUCUACUGGAAGGCAUUUCUGUUAGCCAUCUGAAAAGUGAAACAACUUGUGGAAAUGCAGCUCCACUUUGGGACAAAAGCAAUGGAUUCUAGUUCCCAAGAGAACAAAAAUCUUUUAUUUUGUCACCUACAUGAAGCUACUUUUGUUAACAUAAGAUGUAAUGGAUUUAUUGAAAUACAACAGUCCAGAACUUUAGCAAAAAUAAUAAUGAUUUCAUCAACAUCACAACGGCUUGAAGUAGUUAAAAAAAACAGUCUCCUUUGCAGCAUAUCCUUUUUUGCAGGCUGCAAAGGAGACUAUCCAAGACCAGUAUGUUAGAUGAAAGCUUGAAGCAAGUGGGACAAAUAUAGAUUAUGUUUAACAAAUGAUUGGAAGCUUAAUCUCAUUAUUCUACCUCACAAACAACUUCACA